GCUGAUACCAAGGUUGUCAAAUUAAACUGGAGGAAGAAUGCUCACGCUUUUGAUACUCAGUGUCUUCUCAACUAUUAGUAACUUCUGCUUAAUGGUUUCUGCUACACAAUGCUCUUUAUUGAACCAAUGCUCCCAACCAAAAGAGGUUGACUUUGGUACAAAUUUUACAAUUGAGUGGUCUAUCCAUGGAGACUUGAUGGAUGGUUGUGUAUACUACAGAGUUCCCAAUGGAGGGUCGUACGAUUCCUCUCACAUGAUCUCACCAGAUGAUCCUCACUUUAUUUUAGAGGCAGACACACUACACCUCAUCAACAUCAACGUCAGACAUGAGGGGAAGUAUUACUGUGUGUUUAACGGGGUAGAGCAAUCACUGCUCAACGCCUCUCCAUGCAUCACUGUCAAAGGUCGGCCUACAUUUUCUUGUGGUACAAAAGACAGUGCAAAUAAUGAUGAUGUUGGUAGUGUCUCAAGCUGUACAUCAGAAUCAUUAAACAUUAUAAAUAAUAAUGAACUGUUUCUUAACACGACACUUUCGUUUGUUGGAGGUGGAGGAUGUCAUUCUGAGACGGUACACUACAUAAAACUACUUUAUCAGGGAUAUGUAAUAUGGUUCUACAAUUUCAAGACGUCAAGCUCUUCUGAAGGCAUCAACAUCAGUAUGAUACACAGUGAUGAUAAUGAAACAGGACAUCAUAGUUUCAACCUGAAUAUUGGUCAUGUGAAUGUCAACAGCAGUGGUUUAUAUGAACUGAGAGUGCGUCUGAAUAAUGCUGAAAACGAUUUAAUAAAGACUUUCAACGUCACAGUGACAUUGAAUACAGGUGGACCGUCGUCACCAGAUGCACACAGCAAUACAGAAGGUACCAUGGCAACUUCGACAGAAACGGUACCUCCAAAUGCUCACACUACAAAUGUUUCUACCAGUGUCCAAAUUGUGGAAAUACGUGUCUACUUUGUGAUUCUGGCCGUUGUUGGUGUUUGUCUGAUAGUGGUGACAUUGACUGUAAUUUUCGUUAUAGUAACUAUAAAAUGCAGAAAAGACUCAAGCAAAUCAAAGGUACUAUCGUUUGAUAGGAUUUCUAUUUAUGGUGAAGAAGAAUUAUUUUUAGACGAUUUUUUAAAUUCACAGCAUAUAGCACAUGUUUAGUUAUUGUCUCAUCACUUUUGCAGUUUGUGUUUCACCCGCUGUAGUCAUGUUGUGGGUAUAAUUAUAAUAAUUAUUGUACAAUAC